AUGAUGGAACCGCAGGAACAAGCCACGAAGUCCUUGCUUUUGUCCAAGAGGAAAUCCCUUCGUCAGCGGUUGACAACCGUGCUCAACGAGGCCGAACGCCUGCUCGAGACGACCGAUGUUCCCGCUGACCAUGCUGGCCGUUGCGAGCUACUGACCGAACGUAUCAAGACGUUCGCUACCUCUCUGGACGAAGUUGACAGAAAUCUGGAGACCUUGUUCACCGUUGAACAAGCUGAUGCCGAAUUUGACAAGGUAUUGGAAUAUCAGGACCGCGUAGCCUCGAUAUCAUGCUUAUUAAGGAGGAGCCUUGUGCCUCAGCCCAUCGCCCAGGCCUCGACGACCGCGGCGACAGUCCAGACCGGUGCUGCUGCGCCACAGGGAGGUACUGGUCAUACAGCGUCGGGAUCCAUUCGUCGAUCCAUUCUGAGCUCUACUCGUCGUCCUAAUUUGCCGAAGCUAGAGCUCAUCAAGUUUGACGGCAAUAUGGAGAAUUGGCAGGAGUUCUGGAUCCGCUUUGAGUCCAUCGUGCACUGUAAUUCAUCGUUGUCCAACAAUGAAAAGAUGUCCUAUUUGUCGUCUGUCCUCAAGGGAGAAGCCGCAGCUUCCGUUAAAGGGCUUCAACUUACAGGCGACAUGUAUGACACUGCGGUCAAAAUGCUACAGGAUCGAUUCGGCAAUCCAGACUCGCUCAUGCAGUUCCAUCUGAAGCGACUGUUAGCCAUUCAGGAGGUUCGUUCGACCCGAAACGUCUCCGAACUUAGACGUCUGCAUGACACGGCGCGCGCGCAUAUCCGAAGUUUGGAAGCGUUGGGAACUGGAUUGAGUUCGUAUUCUUCGCUGUUGUACCCAGUAUUACAACAGGCCCUUCCGGUCGACUUGGUCCUCAGCUUUCAGAGGAGACUUCACACUGAGGCCGCGGACGCAACUGGAACCGCAGACGAUCGUCAUGAAAAGGUUCUGGGCAAGUUACUAGACUUCAUCAAAAUGGAAGCUGAAUGCAGGGAACACGUCGCAGCGGCAGAAGGGACACAAGAUCCUCGACGUUUUACACAGAGUCGAGAUGGCAAACACACUCGAAAUUCACAGGACCGCCUGCCCUCCACUGCAGCACUCGGUGCUGAAGCCAGUAAGACAUCUAAACCAACGAAUACCAAGAAAACUGCAGACAACGCUUGCUUCUUUUGUGGGAAGGAUCACGACGUCAGGAAGUGCCGUCUAGAUGCUGACCUGGCAGACCUGGAAGAGCGGCUUCGUCGAAGCCGCCGCUGCUUCCGUUGCGCAAAGGAGAAUCACACCGCUAGAGUUUGUCGAUCCGUGAAGGGCCUGAAGUGCGAACGAUGCAGCGGGCGGCAUUUGACGGUCCUAUGUAGGCAAGGGAGUCAGAAAACUACGGAUGGAACCGUCGUAGCAAGCGGUACAUGGCAGCACUGUUCUCCAUACCCGCAGGUCGUGCUCCUGCAGACGGGGUAUGCCAUACUUUGCACUACUGAUGGCCGACGGAAGCCAAUUCGUAUUCUCAUUGAUGGCGGCAGCCAAAGGACAUUUAUUAAGAAGCCACUGUCGCGGAAAAUGCAGCUGCCAAUCGUGGGAAGGGAAGAUCUUGCAAUCAACACUGUCGGAAAAGCCGAGAAGCAGUCCUUGCAUAGCAGGGUCAGUGUGACCCUCCGAUCCCAGUACACGUCCCAGGAGGUGUCCUUUGAGGCUCUGGAAAUACCAGAAAUAUGCAUCAGUAACCUUCCGCAUAUCGACGUCAAGGCUCUCGAUUGCCUCAGGAAUACUGGAAUCCAGUUAGCGGAUGUGGCUGUGGCAUCUGUUCCCUCAACAGAAAUAAGCAUUCUUUUGGGCGCAGACUUUUACGGGGCGGUAGUCACCGGCAAGCAAAUGCGGCUUCAGGGUAACCUCAUCGCUCUCGAAACAACCUUCGGAUGGACUCUGCAAGGUCCUGCGGGAGAUUAUUCUUCGCCAGAGGUGAACACUUUCCAUGUUGAUGUUUCUAGCUUCUCCCAAGACGACUUAGAUGAGAGGUUGCAGUCAUUCUGGGACUUGGAGCACCUCGGGAUUGCCGACGCCGCAGAAUCACCAGGAAUAGAUCCCGUUCUACAGAGAUUCGAGGACAGCACUCUAUUGGAGAACGGUCGCUACAGUGUUGGGCUGCCUUGGAAGGACAACCUUGUCUCUAGGCUCGGGACAAACAAGACAACAGCUGAAGUACGUCUAAGAAACGCCACCCGCACUCUGUUGAAAGACCAGGCUGUAAUGAACGAAUACGACCAAGUUAUUCGCCAGUACCUCGAGAACGGUCACGCUGAACGCGUAGAUGUCACAGCGUCAAAGGUUGGCCCGGAGUAUUAUCUCCCACAUCAUGCAGUGAUCCGACGUGAAAGGGAGACUACUAAAGUACGCAUCGUAUUCGACGCCUCGUCAAAGGCACCUGGGUUUCUAUCUUUGAAUGACGUACUACACGCGGGUCCUAAUCUCAAUUCGGACAUUCUCUCUUUGCUGUUGAGGUUCAGGAUGCAUCCCAUCGCCCUUGUUUCUGACAUAAAGAAGGCCUUUCUACAAAUUGGCCUUCACAAGCAGGACACCGACGCAUUGCGUUUCCUUUGGUAUUCUACGACUCCGGUUACUGGGCAAACCCUCCCAGACAUUGAAACUUGGCGGAUGACUCGAGUACCCUUUGGUGCCAGGUCCAGCCCCUUUCUUCUUUCCGCCACUAUUCGACAUCACUUACGGCAGUCUGAAGAGGACUACCCGGAGACAGCGGCGCUUCUACAGGACCAUUUCUACGUCGACGACUUGGUGGUCAGCGUGGAAACAUCAUCAGACGCAGAGAUUCUGUACCAGGACACUUUGCGAAUAUUUGAGGCCGCAGGCAUGAAAGUGAAGAAGUGGGUGACCAAUGACGGGUGCCUAUUACGCCAGAUGUUCAACGACGGCAGCACAACCGUCGAGACGACUCAAGAUCACACUAAGAAGGUGCUGGGACUUGUCUGGGACGUACACAAUGACAAACUACGAUGCCCUCUCGCAGCCAUUUUGGACUUUGUUGCAAACGAGACGAAUGACAAGAGACACAUUUUACAGUCCGUAUCAAGGAUGUACGAUCCUUUCGGCUUACUUGCGCCCUUCACCAUUACUGGGAAGAUUCUGCUGCAAAGAAUUUGGGAGGCGGAGCUAGACUGGGAUGAUCCACUGCCAGAGGACAUACAAUCAGUGUGGAAGGAGUGGCGUGUGGGAGUGUCAGAACUGGAGCAACUCUCUCUCCCUCGAUUCCUGGGAUAUUCGUGCACGGCCACGCCUAGGAAGAUGCACGUAUUUGCUGACGCUAGUCCCUACGCUUACGGCGCGGUAAUCUACGUUGAAGCGUCAUCGAGCGGCUCUUCUAGCAUGGAGUUUCUCGUCAGCAAGAGCAGAGUGGCCCCCAUCAAGCGCCAAACGCUGCCAAGGCUUGAACUUAUGGCAGCCCUUCUUGCCGCACGGCUUUACCGAUAUGUCUGCACUGCUUUGAAGAUUGUGCCCGACUGUGUGUUCUGGACGGAUUCUUUCAUAGCGUUGCAUUGGAUAAGAGGGCCAGUAACACGGUGGAAGACCUUCGUUGCGAACCGCGUCCAAGAAAUUCAAAGCAUCACUUCUACUGAAUGUUGGCGACACUGUCCCGGUGAGGAGAAUCCUGCUGACCUCCUCACUCGAGGUGUCAAGGGGCAUCAGCUUCAGGGCAGCGUCUUGUGGUGGCACGGCCCUACGUGGUUGGCACGUGCGGAAAAUUGGCCAAAUUCACUCAUACCAGAACCCACUUGUCCUGAUGGAAAGGACGAAGUGGUCCCUCAACGUGUUUCCUCGGUGGCGAUUGCGGCGGCUCAAACCCUCAUGUCGCCAGAGCGGUACAGUAGAGCGAACCGACUUUGUCGAGUAACGGCGUGGGUGCUGCGCUACGUACAGAACUCAAGGGGUCGGAAGCAGACUGGCCCGCUCACAACACAGGAGUUGAAAAAUUCCGAGCAGUACUGGAUCAGGAUGACACAAGCAAAGUUCCUGGACAAGAAGUCCACGCAUCUUCAGAAUUUCCGUUGGUACAAAGAUGACGACGGCAUUCUCCGGCUUUACGGGCGUCUCCAGCAUUCCGAACAACCAGCAGCGACUAAGCACCCAAUCCUACUACCGCCUGCUUCGGAAGCCUGGUUCACCCGCCUCAUGGUUCUUCGCGAACACGAAAGGAUGGCCCACGCCGGGGUUCAGGAGACUCUACAUCAGAUACGGGAGGAUUACUGGGUGAUCAGAGGAAGGCAAUCUGUCAAGUACGCCCUGCACCACUGCUACUUUUGCCGACGUCUCCGAACACAUUCAUGCACCGAGCAGGAGGCGCCCCUACCGAAGGAUCGAGUUUCACAGCAACUUCCGUUUGACGUGGUCGGGGUAGACUUUGCAGGUCCACUGUAUUACAAAACAGCGCACGGAUAUUCAAAGUCGUACGUGACACUCUUCACUUGCACAGCUACACGAGCCAUUCAUCUAGAGUUGGUAACGGACCAAGCCUUCGGCACCUUCCUCAUGGCGUUUAAGCGAUUUGUGGCUCGCAGGGGUAUACCAAAGAAAAUCUAUUCCGACAACUUUCUAACAUACAAGAAGGCUUCCCGAGAACUUCCUCCUAUGAUUUCCGCUCAAUUUCAAGCAGUGAAAGAAUAUGCCACCCAAACACGGAGCACAUGGGAGUUCAUAGCAGAACAAGCACCAUGGUGGGGAGGCUUUUGGGAGCGCAUGGUGCGCUCCGUCAAAGAAUCACUGCGCAGGUCGCUAGGUCGGUGCGAACUCGACUUCCAGGAGCUACAGACCGUGUUGACGGAGGUCGAAGCCAUUGUGAAUUCAAGACCUCUUACUUCGCUCACAGAAGACCCUAACGACACAGAAGCCCUUUCUCCUUCACACUUCCUGAUCGGGAGACGGCUUACCGCCUUGCCCUCAAUGCAGUUUCUCUAUUCAGUUGACGUCAACGUCUCCCCCUCGCAGAUUCAGCAGGCUAAAGAAGGUCUGCUAAACAAUUACUGGAAGCUAUGGUCGAAAGACUACCUUCUCCAACUGCGGUCAGCUAACCUCAGCAAGCAUGUAACCUCGGCCAACGUUCGGCAGCACGAUCUGGUCCUCAUACCCGAUCGACGACAGCCCAGGAUGUUUUGGACCCUCGGACGGGUAGAGCAGCUCCACCUCGGUCGAGAUGGGCUAGUUCGUUCCUGCACCCUACGGACAUCAGGCGGCGCAUACCUACGACGACCAGUUCAGCUGAUCCAUCGCUUGGAACUCGACGGAUGA